GCCGGAGUAAAACCUUGUCUCUGUGGCAGCUCACAGGAGGGACACAAACCAGACGUUUUGGAGAUACAGAACAGGGAAGGAGAGAGAAGAAAAGUUUCUCACAGGCUGUAACUGGUGUUAUACAGUCAUGGCAUCAGCAGCUCCACCAAAAAGGAUGGUGUCCUCUGUCUUCAUCACCCUGGCGGCUCCUCAUCGAGCCACUUUGACACAGCAGAAACCAGCACUACAGGCCCACAGUGCCCCAGCAAGAGAGAAGCACCAAACAGCUGUACGAGUCAGCCCGUGUGACAGCAUCCCCGUCAUCAGACACAAGAAAGACUCACAGUCUGACCCUAAUGGCAGUACAGAGAGCAGAGGCCAGACCCAUGCUGCUGCUGCUGCCUCAACCCGGGUCUCAGACCCUCAAAGGCCAUCACCUGCCCAACUUGGACCCAACAGAGCAAAGCUGCAAGAAGGCAGCAGAGAGGCUGCAGAUAUCCUCCCUCGUUCUUCUCCUGCUGCUGCUCUGACUUCAUCCCAGGGAACACCACUGUCUGAAGAAUCUGUUCUUCCACCACCUCUUCCUGCUCAGACGCCUCUCGUCCAACAUCUGAACCCAGGCCAGCAGUCACCUAAAAACAAAGCGGUAGAAACAAGCACACCAUCUAGUGGGUUGAAAAAAGAUGAACAAUCCCAAGGGAUUCCUCAAAUUGGCCAGGAAACAAGUAGCAAGAGUAAAGAGGUGUGUGGCUUCUGUCGGAAACCUGUGGCUCUUUCUGAACCUGCGAUAGAGGCUUUAAACAGAACGUACCAUGAGGGCUGCUUCCAGUGUAGAUCCUGUCACAGUCCUCUGGCGGGAAAACAUUACUACAACAAGGCAGGAAUCCCCCUCUGUGAAAACUGCUACCAGGCCAGUCUUGAGCUCUGCUGGGCCUGUGGGGAAUCCAUCACAGACAAUGUGAUCAGAGCUCUGGAGCGAGUUUACCAUCUUUCCUGUUUCACCUGUGCAACCUGUAAACAGCAAAUUGGAGAGCAACCGUUUGCUCAGGGGGAAGUUGGAGAGGUUUAUUGCCUCCCAGACUAUUACAGAAAGUAUGCUCCAAAGUGUAACGCCUGCAAGAAACUAAUCAUCCCAAAAGAAGAUGGUACUGACAGCUAUAACAUUGAAUGUUUGGGACACUCUUACCAUGAAAACUGCUACAGAUGUGAGGCCUGUGUCAUCCAGCUGUCUCCUGAGCCCAAUGAGCAUGGCUGCUAUCCUCUGGAGGGGAAGCUGCUCUGUAAAACCUGUCAUCUGAACCUGGUCUCAGGGCAGCACUAACACUGGCCUCUGUGCCCGGGGUGAACUGCCACAAAGGGAAAAGCACCACAAACAGGACGGAAGAUUGUGCACUUGACUCUAAAAUACACACCAUACAUUUUUUAUCCUGUAGAACAAUAUGAAAUAUGACUAUAUUUUGACAACAUAUCAUGCUUUCUUAACUUCUUCCUAUCUUACUUUCAUACUUGAUCAUUUUGCACUCAGUAAAAUACAAAAUGUACAAAAUAUAUUUAUGUAACAUGAAUGUACAUCAAGCAUUGUUUAAAUGUUUUACAUCUCAAUCUUUUCUUAAUCACUUUAACCACACAAAAUAUCUCGAUGAAAAAGGCUUGUAUAAAGUUAUCACAUUUAUUUCAUCUCCUGGCAGGCUCCAACUAUUACACCUACACUAUGACCAAGUAUUAAAAUGUGAAAAAAUUACUAAUUCAUUUUUAUUUUGUAACUUGCAAAAUCAAAUUCAACUCAUUAUUUAGGGAAACACAUUUAUUUGCUAAAAUGCUGCAGAGGCUUAGACAAGGCAGCAGCAUCUUUUCUGUGGAUUGAUGGACUGAAUGUAAUCACUCUUCAGGAUCAUUUCCUUCACCUGCUUAGGUAAAGCCGACAAAAGAAUUACCUUUACACAACCAAUUCCACCUAGCUACUAAAUUACAGGUUAUGCCCUUCUCUAAAUAAGUCCAAUUGGCUUAGUAAACACAUUUGUGUUAGAAAUAUUUAAGAUCCAAGUUGAAUACAAACAUCACUGUACAGUGCAACUGGAAAAAUAAAAAUCUAAAAGCAUUUAUGUUGGACCAAACAGUGCAGGUGUUUUUAAUGUGACUAUGGUCACAAUAGACACAUGCUCUAUUGUCUUUUGCUCUUACAAUACAAACAUUUCUCGUUCAAUUAUUUUUUAUUUAUUUUUAUGUAAUCUCAAACUGACAUGUCCGUGGAAUCUUUUGUCUAUGUAUCCAAAACAUUCAAUAAAAAAUACUGAAUUUCA